AAAAAAAAAACACGAGCCUUAUGUCUCUCUGGCGGAGACACUUUUAAAGACUUUUUCUUGCACUUUUAAACAUGUGCCGACAACCGCAGCCCACUUCGGGACCUUCGUGUAGUUUUAAGACGACACCGGUGCUUUAGGACGCCCCCCCCCCCAAAAAAAAAACAACCAAUACCGGGGACGGACGGAGCGGUUCGUGGGGAGAAAUGUGUUGUCAUGUCGGGCAGCAGCAAACAUGGCUUCCCCGUCGUCUGCCUACCUACCUACCGCGCGGCUCGGCGUGACAACCGAACCGGGUCGCCUGUAGCCUGAAGAGCUCGGAAAGUCGCGGUAAACAAGUUUAGCCGAGUAAAGGAGGGUGAGGGUGAGGGCUCGACGCCGCCGCCAUGGAGCCGCGGCACAGGGAGUUGCUGGAGAAGUGUCAGCAGAACCUGGCCGAGUCCGUCACGGACGCCGAGCGGCUUGUGGAGGUCCUGUCCCGGGAUGGCACCCUCAGCCCGGCCGAGCGACACGAGCUAGCCGCCCGUAGUGGCGGCGAUGAUGAUGGCGGCGGUAGCGGUGGUUCCUCGUCCCCCAACGCGGAGAAAGUGGAGCUCCUGGUGCAGAUCCUGCUCCGGAAGGACCGGGACCACUUCGCGGAGUUCUGCUCGGCCCUGGAGGAGACGAACCCUCACCUGCGGUCGGUGCUGCUUACCGGUACUUCGGGGCCCGUGGACCACAGCACCGGUUCCACCUACAGCGUCCUGUCCACCAUGCCGUCUGACUCGGAGAGUAGCAGCUCUCUAAGCAGUGCAGGUACGCCCACUCCGGCCUCCUCGCCGCCGCUAGCCCACACCGACACCCACCGGGCGCUCGGGAACAUGGACACCGUCCUGUUGCAGCUUCGCCACGUGACCCGGGAGAGGGACGAGCUGCGCAAGCGUCUGGCGCUUUCCUCACCUGGAAGCACCUUUGACGACUGCAGGCCCAACUCGAAAGCCGCUCAUGACUAUGAACGCCUAAAGCUGCAGUGUAUGAAGGCCAUGGCCGACCUGCAGUCCCUGCAGAACCAGCACAGCACCACCCUCAAGAGGUGCGAGGAGGCGGUGAAGAAGGCCGACUUCUACCACACGCUGCACAGCCGCCUGGCCGGCGAGCACGGCCAGCUGAAAGAGGAGCUGGAGGCGGUCAGGCUGGACAACGUGCAACUGGUGCGGGAGCACAACCACGCCAAGCAGGCCUGCGAGGAGCUGAGGAGGGUCCAUGACGACGAUCAAAGAGAGGUGGCCGACAUGAGGAUGCUGCACCAACAGGUGUUGAGAGAGGGUUCCUCCGAUGCUCUCAACAAGUUGUACGACUCGGCCGUGGACAAACUGGAGUCGGUAAGGAGCGACUACGACGGUCUGAGGAAGCUCUACAACGAGAAGACGGCGAGUCACAACGCUGACCUGAGCCGCUUGGACCACGUCGAGGAGGAGAACCACCGUCUCCAGAAACAGCUGGACAUGCUGCUGAAGCAGAGAGACGCUGCCAUCCUCUACCAGCAACAGUACUCAUCGUCCAUACGAAGGUUCGACAACACCCAGCAGGAGCUCUCCAAAGCCGCCGCCCAGAACAUGGAGCUGCAGUGGGACAUGGACCGUCUGCAGUCGGAGGCCACGCGGUUCAAAACCCAGCAGCUCAAAGCGACUAAGGAGUGCGAGAAGUACAAGGAGGAGCGGGACUCGGUCAUCAGCGAGUAUCGGCUCAUCAUGAGCGAGCGCGACCAGGUGAUCAAGGAGGUGGAGAGGUUGCAGACUGGGCUGGAAAUGGCGGAGGCCAAGCUGAAGAACACGUCCUCAGAAAGGCGGGUGGCCAACAAGGAGCUGGAGGCUCUCAGACAGGAGCUGGCCUCAUCCCUGAUGGACCGAGACCGAGCCAUCUGCGAGACGAAGGAGCUGCUGGAGAAGUACUGCCACGAGGUGAAGGACAAGGCCGAGGCCCAGAAGGAGCUGAGCCAGGCCUGCAAGGACAUGGAGACGGUGCGCGAGGAGCGCGACGUGGCCCGCAAAGAGAGGACGGAGGCCAUCGUCCAGCGUGACCAGCUGCUGCGGGAGUAUUACCAGGCCAGACAGAAACAAGACUCGGCCACUCUGGACAUGGAGAGAGCCAACAAGGAGAUUGAGAUGCUCAGGAAGCAGCAUGAGGCCAUCAGUCAGGAGCUAAAGGAGGCCCUGCAGGAGGCUGAGGUGGCCAAGUGUCGACGGGAUUGGGCCUUCCAGGAGAGGGACAAAAUAGUGGCGGAGAGGGAAAGCGUACGUACAUUGUGUGACAACCUGAGGCGAGAGAGGGACAGGGCUGUGAGCGACCUGGCAGACGCGCUGCGGAACCUGGACGACACGAGGAAGCAGAAGAACGAUGCGGCGCGGGAGCUAAAGGAGCUGAAGGAAAAAAUGGAGGACCAGUUAGAAAAGGAGGCACGGUUUCGUCAGCUGAUGGCUCACAGCUCGCACGACUCCGCCAUCGACAUGGACUCAGUUGAAUGGGAAACGGAGGUUGUAGAGUUUGAGAAGCGGAGAGACAUGGAUUUGAAAGCUCUCGGCUUCGAUAUCGCAGAGGGGUUAAAUGAUCCUUAUUUACCAGGAGACUGUGGCGUAUUUGUCAGCAAGGUGGACAAAGGAAGUCAAGCAGAGGGCCGAUUGAGGGUGAACGACUGGCUGCUGAAGAUCAACAACGUGGACCUGACUAACAAGGACAGGAAGCAGGCCAUCAAAGCGGUGCUGAGCGGAGAGGGAGUGAUCAAUAUGGUCGUCCGCAGGAGGAAGUCCCUGGGAGGACGCGUGGUCACGCCGGUGCAGAUAAACCUGGCCGGGCACAAAGAGUGUGGCAUCGGCCUGGAGAGUGGAGUGUUUGUCGCCUCGCUGGCGCCCGGCAGUCCAGCAGUCAGAGACAAUGCUCUCUCAGUCGGGGACAGGCUGUUAGCUAUUAAUGGCAUCUCGCUGGACAGCAAGUCUCUUCCGGAAUGUGAAGGUCUUCUGAGGGCCUGCCGCGAGUCUAUCUGCGUCUCCCUCGCCAAGUUUCUGCCACAGAGCUGUUCUGGUCAGAGUUUAUUUGAAGGCGUGAGGGACUCGGCUCCCCGUCUCCAGCCCUGCGACGUGCACGCCAGAAACUGCCGCAAGGGCAAGCACACGUGCUCCAAACACAACUGCUCCACGCAGACCGACAGCUGCACCUGCGAGGAAUCGUGCAACGACCCGGGCGACCUGGACGGGGGCAGCGUUAGCGUUCGCCACCACAAACCCUUUUCCGACACCUCCCUGCACUCCCGCAGCCCCUCGGAACCGGUGGCGGAGUUCUGCUACAGGAGGCAGGACUUCCACCAUCGCCCCUUCACCUUCACUCCCGUGCCCGCCGAAUGCCCUCGUCCCUCGGAGAAGGCUGGCGGAGGCACGUGGCCAAAAGUCAUUGUUGGAGCAUCCGUACCGGAGUGUGCACAGCUUUCCAUCUACAAGAGAAGCAAACAAAGGAAGUCCAUCUUUGACACCUUCAGGAGACCAGAUGCUCCUCCAAAACUGGACUACAUGUCACUUUCCCAACUGUCUAAACACUCACCGCAGAGCUCAUUAGUGGAAUCCACUCAAGCUCCGCCCACCCCGCCGGUCAGAAGCGACUCGUUCCGGUUCAAACAUUCCCAGCAGAACAGUUCCGCGUCAGAGUCCACUCUUCCGGCCUCUCCGACGAGAGGCACCAGUCCUGUCAUGGAGGGAGAGGCCGGGCACCAGCUCUACUACACCCACGCGCCCCAGAGAGAACCCAAGAUGCAAACGGACGAGGACGAGGCUCAACACAGGGAGCCUGAGAAGAGGAGGUCGCGGCCCAAGUCGGCGCCGGCACGGGCACGUAACGUGACACCGUUGCACAUCCCGGUUCCAAAGCAGGUUCAAUGUUUCUCCAAUGACGAGCACUCCCCAGAGCCUGUGGAUCUUUUACGCUUCUCCCCGAUGCGAAGCAAUCGGUACAGCAUGCACUUUGCACCGCCCAGCUACAACAGCGCCGUGGCACAUCCGGCACAGCGAGGUUUAGUGCCGUGCUCGGCCAAGACGGCCGUGAUGAGGAACCCGGUCUACACCACCUGGAGCCACGAGACCAGCAGCUGUCCUCCAGUGCCCGGAUCAAGUGUGCACACGUAUUCACGCGCAAGCCCUCAGCGUCAAGGUCGCCACAGUGUGGACCUCAACCACAAUCUGGCUGGGGACACGUCUGCGAGCAGCUCCAGCCAACCACCGCACAGCACACACUCCCUCCCCGCCAGCGCCAGACUGGGCUCCCUGAGUGUGUUGCAGUUCAGGACCGAGCGCAUCAAGAUCACGCCGAUUCGUUAUCCGAGCUCUACUGGAUCUGACAGAGGCUCCCGUUCUCAUUCGGAGUGCAGCUCCCCGACGACGCCUCCCAAGUCCCCCGUCGUCCUGGAUAUGUCCUCCUUCGCCAGCAGCCAAUCCACAAGCUCCAUCUCCACCCGGCUCAGGAUAUCCGUCAGCCCCGCUCCGGUCGGUGACGGCCGUAAGGAUGGGCCUUAUUUGGAGGAGCCGCGCCACGUGACGGUGCAGAAAGGAGCAGAACCGCUGGGCAUCUCCAUCGUGAGCGGAGAGAACGGCGGCGUGUUUGUGUCCAAAGUUACGGCGGGAAGCAUCGCCCACCAAGCCCACUUUCAGUACGGAGACCAGCUCCUUGAGUUUAAUGGGAUCAACCUGAGGAAUGCAAACGAACAACAGGCGCGCUUGGUGAUCGGGCAGCCGUGCGACACGGUCACCAUCUUGGCUCAGUACAACCCUCACAUGUUCCAGCUGGGCAAUCAUUCCCGGUCAAGCUCUCGGAUGGAGUCCAUCAGCAACCAUCCCACCCCCCAGGACAGCGGCGCCAACACCCCAGACGAUCACUCUAUCGGCGACACCCUCAGCGAGCAGGACGAGGGCACCAUGACCCCGCCGUCCAAGCAGACCACCCCGGCCACCAGCCCCCACAGCUCCUUUAGGCUCCCCAGUUCAGGUACGCGUCGGACCGCAGAAGCCAGACUGGUGAGGUUGAAAAGGAUCCAGGCGGAGCUGGGAGUCCAUAUCUGCGGAGGAAACCUUUACGGCAUCUUUGUGGAGAGCCUGGAUGACGACAGUCCUGCCAAAACUGCUGACGGCCUCCUACUUGGAGACCUGAUACUGGAGUACAACGGCAUCAGCAUGAAGAACAGAACCAAGGAGGAGGCUUACAUUGAGUUGAUAAAACCGGCUGAAACCGCCACUUUCAAGGUCUUAAACUGUGCGGAUGAGCUCGCAGCCAUCAAAGAGGUGCCCGGAGACGGAUUUUUCAUCAGAACACUUUACGAGAGGGUGGCCGACGCCGAGCAGGAGCUGAGCUUCAAGAAGGACGACAUACUGUACGUUGAGGACACCCUACCGAACGGCGGUUUCGACUACUGGAUGGCGUGGCAACUUGACGAGAAAGCGCGGAAGUUGGAAAAAGGGCAGAUCCCAGGGAAAUACAUGAUGGACCAGGAAUUCUACAGAAGACACGGUGGGACCGACAUGAAGGAUGACGGCAGCGGCGGCAAGCCCAUGUCCGCGGCCGCCCGUAGGUCUUUCUUUCGGAGGCGACUGAAGCACAAGCGCAGCAGCUCCAAAGACGGCAAGGACCUGAUGACUGGGGACGCCAUGAUGUCCGAUUAUUUACCCAUCACAGAAGAUGGUGCAGGUCUGUUGUACCAGCGAGUCCAGAAGGUGGAGUGUUUAUUCCCCAGACCGGUGCUGAUCUUGGGACCGUUGGCCGAGGCCAGUAAGGACAUGCUGGUGAACGAGGCUCCCGACAGGUUCUGCCGCUGUUUGCCCGAGAUCAUGAAGGCGUCUCAGCAGGCCAUCGAGCGCGGCGUGAAGGACUGCGUGUUCAUCGACUUCAAGCGACGCAGCGGCCACUUCGACGUGACGGCGGUGGCGUCCAUCAAGGAGAUCAUGGAGAAGGACUCUCACUGCUUGCUUGACAUUGCCCCUCACGCCAUCGAACGCCUUCACAGCGUUCACAUCUACCCAAUCGUCAUAUUCAUUCGCUACAAAAACGCCAAGCAGAUAAAAGAGCAGAAGGACCCUCAGUACCUGCGGGAUAAGCUCUCCCAGAAGCUCUCCAAGGAGCAGUUUGAGUCGGCCCAGAAGACCGAGCAGGACUACAGUCGCUUUUUCACAGCCGUUGUCCAAGGAGGCAGCGUCUCCUUCAUUUGCACUCAGAUCGCCGCCAUUGUCGAGCAGGAACAGAAUAAAGUUGUUUGGAUCCCGGACGGGCAGCCGUAAAAAAAUUACAACAAUUGGACACAAACUCGCAGUCUAUUUAUGGGAUGCGUCAAAAUACCAGUAAACUCUUGUAAGUUCCACUCUAAGCCAGCACUGAUGAUCAUGUCAUAUGCACACUAUCCAAUAGUGAUGUACUGUACUACAUAGUUGUUUACACUAGUAUUUAAUACUACUUGAAUGAAUGGUUUUCUAUCUCUAAGUAGCACUCCUUUAUAAAAACACACUUUGGACCACCAUGCAAGCAGACAUCAGCGCUCUACUAUUUAUGUAUAUUUUACCAAAUCAUUUUUCAAUUAUUGCUGGUAUUUAAUUGUUUAUUUUCGUCUGAAUUCUUUGCGUCCUGCCUUUUUUUCUUUUAGUGUUUUCCGCUCUUUAUCAUUUCAGUCAUCACGCCGUGCCAAGCUUUUCUAAUAUUUAUUAUUCAGCACCAUUAAAGCUUCACAGCGGUUUGCGUGUUCUACUUAAAUUGCCAAUUUUUAUUUUAUUUUAUUUUAGUUUUCCUAAAGAAAAGGGAUGUUUUUACUUGUGGUUCAUGGUUGGUUAUAUUUUAACGCAUCUUCAACAUUUCAUCUUCUGAAAGCAUUUGUCAGAGUGAAAAUCCUACAAUGAUUAAAAAGGGUACGAAUAAUGGAA